AUGAGUUCAAAAGCCGUUGGAAAUGUGAUUUUCACAAUCAGCAAGCACAAAAAUGCGUUUGAUCAGUCACUCAGUUCUUCCCAGCUUCUACAGGCGCUUUGGAAGCCCCCUUCCAAGUCAGACGUGAACAGCAUGAGAACACUUCCCAUGGAGAUGAGACCAAAAGUUGAUCUUCAGCAGGAAAUAGCCAAAAGUAGCGGGAAAGAAGGGUUUUCAUUAAAAAUGGCUCAAACUUUCGGCUACGCUAAGCAGCUUGUGAAGUUUUAUAAACAUGGAGUAAAGCUGGUGUGGGAUAACAACAAGUACCUCAGAAAGAUGAAGAAAUCUGACUAUAAAGUGACAAAUCAGAUGAAUAAUGCAGGCAAGACCAUUGAUAUUACCGUGCCGUCUUUCUCGGUGUUGACCAAAGAAAUGUCUCAGGCUUUGUACAAUGCAUUUGUGGAGAACAGAACUAGUCUAGAGAACAACGCUGGUGAUGUGGUGAGACACCACAAAGCGUCUGCGGCUACCAAUUAUAAAUCGAACUUGUUCAAUUUGCCUCGUUCGGAUUACUUGCUUCUCAAAAGGACUCCUGUGGACUUCAUCAAGAUCCCCACCUUCUCGGUGAUUUUCAUCAUCUUUAUGGAAAUGACACCGCUACUCUGCUAUGCAUUUCCAGAAAUCACUCCGCUGACCUGCGUUCUUCCCUCUAUUCUUCCACGUCUUUGGCUGCCAAAGAAGAGCGAAAGGAUGUUGAAUAGCGUGCCCAAAGGCGCGAAUGUCGAAGAUUUUGCAGCCAAAACAGCCUACAACUUAUCCGUGGACCAGGUUCGUGCUUUGGCUGACGCUCUCCGACUCAAAACAAAGUACAUCCCCACAGCUCUUUUUCCUGUUCUGGUUUUAAGAAACCGUUUGCAGGCUCACUAUAACUACUUGAAAGUGGACAAUUAUUACCUCAGUGGUCUCAAUGGAAACGGCAAUGUGUGGGACUUGACCAAGGCAGAACUUCUCCAGGCAUGUUUAGAGAGGGGCAUGAUACACAACAUCAAGAAGUUUACUGAUUUGGAAGAGUCGAGCCAAUCUGACAAGGCCGAGGUCCUUGCACACGAGUUAGAUCUCUUGAGGUUGCAACUCAUUCAAUUCAUAAUGAACUUCGAAAAGUACAACAUGGGAUACCUUUUUCUAUCACAAUUAGUGGAGAAGCCAGAUUCGACAGCUCUCCUGUGGAGAAAAAACCUCGCGAACAUGUAA